CAUAACAUAAACAUAACCUGAUGUAGAGUUAAGCUAAGAGUAAUUUUAAUGUUUACAAGUACAAUUUAGUUAAGAAUGUAAAUUAAAAUAAUUCUACAGUGUAAUUUUAUUAUUGUUUCCGUUCUAUUUUUAAGUUUUUUUUGGUUUGAGUAUUCCUAAAUCUGUAUAAUAUAAUGGUUUCUAUAUCAGUACAAAAUUUCUCCAACUUUCUAAAAAACAAACCUCCUUUGGUUGUUUUUCUAUUAUGUUUAAUUAUAUUGGCUGCAUCCACCUCAUAUUUUGCAUUUCAAAUUGAAAAAGAUAAGCCUAUAGUUGAUAGUGAUAAGAAACUUGAUUGGAUAAAUAUGGUAAAACAUUUCAAUAAAGUUGAUAUAUGCAUUAGUCCAAUAAAGGGGGAAAAUGAGACUAACCCAAUUAAGGAGGGUGGUAGUGACACUGAAGAUCAAAUUUCAGUGUUUACAUCAGUUGAAAUUAUUGAAUUUGAUGUUUUCAACUCAUUUUCUGAGGUCUAUGGUUUUUUAACUUUAGAUGAUUGGUACUCUGUCUCUUGUCAAGAUAGCAAGCAGCCCAAAAAUAUGACCAUUUUAUUUAGCAUUCCUGAAUUCAAGUCAGUCGAUGGUUCUCAAAAUCUCUGUGUUACAGUUAAAGGUCCAGCACAAUACUUGCCUUAUUUUAAAAAAUCAGCUUGUACUCCUCAAAACAGUUCUAACCAAAAUAAGGGUAAUAUAGGAUUUUUGAGUUCAAAAUUACCAAAAAAUUCAAAUCAAUUGUUUUGUGAAGAUGGAAAAAUUGCCAAAAUUGUAUUUGACUUACAACACGAAGAAAUUUCAAACUACUUGAGUGAUGAUGUCCGGACACAAAUAUAUUUACAUUUAGUGUGGUGUACCUAUUUUCUAAUUUUUGUCAUUUUUAUAUUCCUUCUAUAUAUUCUAAUCAAAAAAUCAGAUUACCUAGAAAAGAAAGAACAACUUGUACAUAAUGUUAGACUUCUAUAGGCAAAACAGUUAUUGCAUCACAUUUGUGAAGUUGAACUGUGAAAGAAACUGAAAAACUGUUGAACUGUGAAGGAAAGCAAUAUGUAAUAUAUAUUUUUCAUAAAUAAACAUCAUGAAGUUCCUAAUUUA